UUCUGUGUGUUGGGAAACCAUUUUAUGAUUUUCAAUGCAUCCGACACAUAAGGAUACGCUCGUCUCGUUAGCUUAACACGGCUAGCUGCAGGAUAUAAGUCUGUGUCGUGGAUGGGUCCGCUGUACGAGAUAUUCCUGGAAGAAACGGUGACCGGUGCUUAGUGAGCGACAUGGACACUGCUGAAGAAGCGGAUAUUUGUCGAGUGUGCCGCUCUGAGGGGACCCCGGACAAACCCCUGUACCACCCCUGUGUCUGCACUGGCAGUAUCAAGUUUAUCCACCAGGAAUGUUUGGUCCAGUGGCUGAAGCACAGCAGGAAGGAGUACUGUGAAUUAUGCAAGCACAGAUUUGCGUUCACGCCGAUUUACUCCCCAGACAUGCCCUCACGUCUGCCCAUCCAGGACAUUUGUGCAGGCCUGCUGACCAGUGUGGGCACAGCCAUCCGCUACUGGUUCCAUUACACACUGGUGGCCUUUGCAUGGCUCGGAGUGGUGCCUCUCACUGCAUGUCGCAUUUACAAGUGUCUGUUUACAGGCUCUGUGAGCUCUCUUUUGACACUUCCAUUGGACAUGCUCUCAACAGAGAACCUGCUCGCAGAUUGUCUACAAGGCUGCUUUGUGGUCACCUGCACGCUGUGUGCGUUUAUCAGCCUGGUGUGGCUCAGAGAACAGAUAGUCCACGGUGGCGCUCCCCAGUGGUUAGAGCAGCACCAUCCGCCACCACAGAACGUAGCCGGUCAAGCCAAUGAGGCCCAGGCUGCAGGUCAGGGAGCAGCUGAUGAGCCUCCAGCAGCUCAGCCAGCUCCUGCUGAUCCACCAGCUCAGAAUGAAGCAGAGCCUGAGCCCCCUGAUGUGCCCCCGGACCAGGCUGAUGACCCCGAGCUGGAAGAAGAGGAGGGAGCAGCAGCAGAAGAUGCAGACCCCAACAAUGGAGCACAAGAUGACAUGAACUGGAAUGCGUUAGAGUGGGACCGAGCGGCAGAGGAGCUGACCUGGGAAAGGAUGCUCGGCCUGGAUGGUUCUCUGGUAUUUCUGGAGCACGUGUUUUGGGUGGUGUCUCUCAACACUCUCUUCAUCCUGGUCUUUGCGUUUUGUCCCUACCACAUCGGGCACUUCUCUGUUGUGGGUCUUGGCUUUGAGGAAUAUGUGCAAGCAUCACACUUUGAAGGAUUAAUCACAACCAUCGUGGGCUACAUACUUCUGGCAAUGACUCUCAUUCUCUGUCAUGGACUGGCUGCUCUGGUCAGGUUCCAGCGCUCCAGACGUCUCCUGGGAGUCUGCUAUAUUGUUGUCAAGGUCUCUCUGCUGGUUGUUGUGGAGAUUGGUGUUUUUCCACUCAUCUGUGGCUGGUGGCUUGACAUCUGCUCCUUAGAGAUGUUUGAUGCUUCCCUGAAAGACAGAGAGUUGAGUUUUAAGUCGGCCCCUGGUACCACCAUGUUCCUGCACUGGCUGGUGGGAAUGGUUUAUGUCUUCUACUUUGCUUCUUUCAUCCUCCUUCUGAGAGAGGUGCUGAGACCGGGUGUGCUGUGGUUUCUAAGAAACCUCAAUGACCCCGAUUUCAACCCUGUGCAGGAGAUGAUUCACCUGCCCAUCUACAGACACCUGCGGCGCUUCAUCCUGUCUGUUGUGGUGUUCGGCUCCAUUGUGUUGCUCAUGCUUUGGCUUCCUAUCAGGCUGAUCAAACUACUGAUGCCCACCUUCCUCCCAUACAACGUCAUGCUCUACAGCGAUGCCCCGGUCAGCGAGCUGUCCCUGGAGCUGUUGUUACUCCAGGUUGUGCUGCCGGCUCUGUUGGAGCAGGGACACACACGCCAGUGGCUCAAAGGCCUGGUCAGGGCCUGGACAGUCAGUGCUGGUUAUUUACUAGACCUCCACUCCUACCUCCUCGGUGAGCAGGAGGACAACGAUGGCAAUCAGCCUGUGAACAACAACAACAAUAACAAUCCACCUCCCGGUCACCAUAACAACAACAACAACCCUGCCCCGGCUGUUGGCGAGGGCUUGCAUGCAGCCCACCAGGCCAUUCUGCAGCAAGGGGGACCGGUUGGAUUCCAGCCUUACCACAGACCCCUCCGCUUUCCAUUCAGGAUCGUGUUGCUCAUAGCGUUCAUGUGCAUCACUCUGCUUGUGGCGAGUCUGGUGUGUCUAACCCUACCAGUGUUCACUGGGCGCUGGCUGAUGUCCUUCUGGACAGGAAGCUCCAAAAUCCACGAGCUGUACACGGCAGCCUGCGGGCUUUACGUCUGCUGGCUGUCCAUCCGUGGGGUCACUGUGCUGCUGGCCUGGAUGCCCCAGGGACGCACUGUCAUAUUCAACAAAGUCCAGGAGUGGACACUCAUGAUUCUGAAGACCCUGGUUGUAGCUCUGCUGGUUGCUGGAGUCAUCCCUCUACUGCUGGGCCUGCUGUUUGAGCUGGUCAUUGUGGCUCCACUCAGGGUUCCCCUAGACCAAACCCCCCUCUUCUACCCUUGGCAGGACUGGGCUCUGGGAGUACUCCAUGCCAAAAUUAUCGCUGCUAUCACUCUAAUGGGCCCUCAGUGGUGGCUCAAGACUGUGAUCGAGCAGGUUUACGCAAACGGGAUUCGCAACAUAGACCUGCAUUUCAUCAUCCGUAAACUGGCAGCUCCCGUCAUCUCAGUUCUGCUGCUGUCACUGUGUGUGCCGUAUGUGAUCGCUGCCGGGGUGGUGCCAACUGUAGGAGUGACCCCAGAGAUGGAGAUUCUAAUGCAAAGGAGAAUCUACCCCUUCCUCUUGAUGAUCGUCUCCCUCAUCGGCAUCCUGUCCUUCCAGAUCCGACAAUUUAAACGCCUUUAUGAACACAUCAAGAACGACAAGUACCUGGUUGGACAGAGGCUUGUCAACUACGAACGCAAAGCUGCAAGAGCAGGCUUAAUCCCACCAUCCAACCCUGUGGCAGAGUAGAUUUGUUUUGGUCACAUAUUGCCACAUUUCUUUCACCUGUUACUCUGCGUACACCCCAUCUCCUCAUCUUUAUCCCCCUCCCCCUGCAUUUGAUUUUCAACUCGCUUCUUGGACCAUAAUCCUUUGAAAUCUCCCCUGGAUCUUGGUGGAUUUGAUGGAUGUCGUACAAUUUCUCGAGUUUCCCUUUCAUACCCAUCACUGGUGGGUUGGGGAAAAUGUAUUAUAAUCAUGGGACAGCUGAGUCAUCAACCCCCCCUCCAAAAACAGACAGGAGUAGGCAGGAGGGCGAGGGUUCGAGGUUUGAUAUGAAGCUCAACAUCUGUAUUGUCGUUCAUGCCUUGCUUUGUAAAGUGCUGCCUGAUAAUUGUACAUGUGUAAAUACUUUGAACGCAGACUUUGUCUUUAAGGAAAAGACACGUGGAUUAAUGCAAUGACCAUUGUACAUCUUAAAAGUGUAUGUAUAAUUUAUUAAAUCAAACUGACAAUUUA